AUGUCUCUGGACUCGUCGACCAGAUAUCCCGUGCGGAUACGCUGGGGGGAAGAGGACCUGCUCUACCCUUGGACAUUAUUCGACCUGCCGCACCGCAGCCUGCCAUUUCCCCCUUUGCAGCAGACGAUAUCGGAAUGGGCUGCCCUCGUGAACAAAUCGACGUCGGGGCAACCCGUGAAUUUGGAGUUUGGCCCCGGCGUUUGCGAGACGGGCAUGGGCCAGAGGAAUUGCACCGAAGCAUGCUCCAACCCGGCGUACUUUUUCAGACCGAUGAAUUUCCAGUCGUGUCUACUUUUAACCGGUACGGCACGUCUCAUCCAACAGGAAAAUUACGCGCUGGACACGGAGGAUGAAGCCACCGCGAGGACGAUCGAGGCGUGGGGCGAUUUUGACUUGUCCACAUUCAACGUUACCCAAGCGCUGUCCAACAUCGCUGGGUGUGUCUCGGAAGAGUGCAAUGAAUCGGAUCGGCAAGACUGUGUUGGAUUUGCGGGGGCGCUAAAGGCCAUGAGCGACCCGGCGAACAGCAACAGUUUUUCGGAGAUUUCGAGCUCCUUUAACCAGCAGAUAGCCCAGUAUUGCUCAAUCACCAACAUCCGUACGGAUCCUGAUAUCGCGGGGCCUGGGGUCAUCCUAUCGUACACCUUCCAGACCGGUCUCGCCGUUCUAUUCUGCCUCUUUCUGAAGUUAUCUCUGACCUGGGUGCGGAAAACGAUACAUCUCCUUAGCUGGUUCGGCUCACCCAACCUCCGUAAACGUGGAGCCUCGCUCCAGCAGCAACUAGCCGAUUCCACAUUCGCCGCCGCCGCCAUAUCCUCCAUCGCCGAGUUCCACAAGAUCCAGUGCUACUUCAUCGUCUCGAUCCAGAUCGCCACCCUCCUCAAUUUCAACGCCGAAGACCCCUCCGCGGGCGGGAACCAGAGCGGAUCCUUCGCUGAAGCGAUUUUUAAUUCCGAAACCUCCAUCGUGCUGAGCAUCGCGAGCAUCGCUCCCGUGAUAUUCACGCAGUUCGGACUCCAUCGCGCGGGUAUCCAUUGGUGGUACACAUUCGCCACCAUGUCUGUCACCGUCGUAUUGGCCAUAACCAUUUACGCCCGGCAGGACCUCGUGAUGGUGUCUCCGGACGGUCUGUGGGAGACUCUUGUCAGUGAGAGGGCGGUGACUUCGUGCGGGAUGAACCCGGCGCCCAUUGUCUACUGCGGCAUCUCUGACGACCCCGGCUUCACUACCAUGGACGCUUAUCCGGUUUAUAUCGGUUCCUUGGUCGGUCUGGUGGGGUGGGUCGUCCUCCUUGUGGAUCAAAUUGCCUGCACGAUUCGCACCUGCUCCCCCUCCGCCGCAGAAAAAAAGCGCGGAAUCUUGGCCUGGACUGCCCGGUUGCUGCAGAGAUAUCAACGCAGCAGAGCUGCACGUCGGCUUGUGGCGCCAUUCGUUACUGUCGCCGAAUUGAUCUUAUUCGGCAACGUCGCCAUGUACGCCAUCCUGCUCGCCUUGACCAUCCGCGAAACGGAUUUCAUCAGCCUUUCUAGCUGGGGGUUCGGCCAGGUUAUUGCUGUGAUGGUGUGGACUCCUACAAUGGCCAAGUAUCUCUACUACAUUAUUUUUGGAAUUGAGAGAGGGUUUAAGGAGCGGAUACCGGAGAAUUACACCAUUUCAAGGCAAUCAUCUUUGGCGGAGCAGUUACAGUCUAGCUCCAAACAUGAUCAUAAGCCGGAAUCGGCGGAUUCUCGAAAGUCGGGAGAAGCGGGAGAAGUAGUCUCUUUCCUUGGCAGGGGCCAGCAAGAUGAAAGAUAA